GUAAGCAGGAGGUCCCGCGGGACGUUCUAGUACGCCCGCGGGUAAGCAGGAGGUCCCGCGGGACAUUCUAGUAGGCCCGCGGGUAAGCAGGAGGUUGGGCAGGUUGGGCGGGCCGAAGGUUGGGAGUGACGGUUGGAGACCCGCGGGAAGCGGGAGGCGCUCUUGGAGGGCCCGGCAACAGCACGCAAUAUGGCAGCCCGCAUUCUUUGGAGCCGCGAGGACGCUUUUCCAUCUGUGCGUGAAUGAAAUGAAGGGAAACGCUUGGGACUUAUGAGUCGAAAAUUCAAUCCGGCCGUGAAUGCGAGGACUUACGUGCAGAGGAAGCCGCCGAUCUUCCUAUUCACGGUGUGCCUUUUGUUCGUCGCGGUCGCGCUGGUCGGGCUUUCCUUGCACGUCACCUACGAAGAACGAGGAGUUUCGGAGGACUUGCACUCGGUCGUCGAACAGCUGGUCGACUCGCCCGUUUGCCUGAGUCCUCAGAGGCCGCCAAGCUCGACGAAAAAUGCGUCGCACCUCGAGGAAGCCGGGAAGAACUCCUCCACGCCUGCUGGCCCGGCCCCGCAGGAUGUGUCCGACUGGGUCCGGCCGGACGGAGACGAGCCUGUGAUGUUCAUCGCACAAGUCGAAUUGAGCCAACAGUUCCUGAGUCUUCUAACAAGUGCCAUAAGAAAUGGAACAAUCCACCUCAUCGGUCACCUCGCAUCCCACGAGCCGAGUUUCGUCGGGGCAUUCCAUGAUAUUUACCUUCCGGCGGGAGCAUCAAAUCUACCGGCCGACGGUCCCCUCGCCUGGGUCCGGUUCAACGUGUCCGGGCUAGAGGGAGUGCUUCUGUAUUCGUCUCUGCUCGUUCUUCCCUCGAAUGUUUCGGAGAGAGAAAAUAACUCUAUCUCGAUCCAUCUGAACGCAUCGCAGUUCGACUCGAGCUGCCUCGGCGGGACCCAGCUGAAACUGUUCGAAACGGUCGUGCAAGGUUCGGCCCACCUCACCGCCCUUCCGCUCGAUUCCUUUACCGUGGUCCAGUCGCGCCUGCUCCACACGUCCUACGUCGUGCUGCUACUAGUCGGGAGCCUGCUCCUCUGGGCUUCCAUCUGGGGAGGAUCCCCCGCCGACUCCAAUCAGCCGGUGCGAGACGAAGAUGAAGAAGAUGAAUGCUGAUUGGGAACGUGAUCAGUCGAUUUGAUACUCUGAUCUGUGUGCAUUCUUCCUUGAGAUUAUUUUUCUAAGAUUAUCUUGCAUCGACAGCAUUUCGGCGCAUCAAGGGAAUCGGAUAUUUGAUGCUGAUCUGGUCUGAGCCAUAUCAUUGUAUUUAAGUGAGAAAUAAGGCAUUCCUUGAAUUAUGAAA